UGGAACAUUAAUAAGGCGCGACCUCCCUCGUCCUCUUCCAUUUCGCCAUCACCUGGCAGCCGCAGGCUGGUGCGUGUAGUGCGUGUACACCAGCGUGUUCGGCCGACUAACACCAUCCGCACGUGGUCGCAGCGUCGGCCAUGGAGCGGGCGAUAGUGCAAGCGGGGAAGCUGAAGCCGGAAAUCAGGCUGGCGCAGGCCGUCUCGGAGUUUGGAGCCUGCCUCGACAGCACCCGACGAGCAACAUUCAAGACGCUCCAGACGAACUCGCCACCUUCUCCGACCGAAGUCAUCCGUCUGACUGAGGAGAUCAAUCGCGAUGGUGCUCGUCUCCACAGAUCGUGGCAGCCGCAUGGAACGCGGCUUGUAGGCAUCUUGGAGCGCAUCCAGCUGUUCUCGACCGUAGGCGACGUGCUUGUGGGUGGCGCGCAGAACAUGAUCGCCAGCGGUGUUUGGGCUGCUGUGAGGAUGUCGCUGGAGCUUGCUAUGGGAUACCUGUCAUACUUCGAGAAAGUGUCAGAGCUUUUCAUGCGGCUCGGGCGGUCAUCCUCGAUCAAACAGGACCUUGUCUUUCUCUUCCCCAACUGCCAACAGCUACAGCAAUCCCUGUGCGAGUAUCUGAUAGUCAUCGUGAACUUCUGUCGAGGAAUUGUCCUAUACACGAAGAAGCCCUUUUUCGCACAGUUAGCUGUGUCGUUCAGCAAGGAAUUUCAGACCUUCGAGGCCGACCUGGCUACCUGGAGCUCCAUCAUCCAGGAUCGGGCCAACUAUUUAACAACAAAGACUCAACUUCGCUCCGAGCGAGAGAUUGUGGCCACUAACUACACACUUUCACUCUUUACUGGAUCCCAGGCGAGGAAGCGCGAGAUCGACGAAAGACUCUUCAGGCUUCAGACCUACAUCUCGCCUCAUCAACAAGAGUUUGACGUCAUUUGGCGCCGUGAAAGAAAGAAAGGAACGAGCCCCUGGGUCUUCAGUACCGACACUUAUCAGACUUGGGCCAAAAGUUCUGAAUCCAGCGUGCUCCACGUGACAGGGAGCCUAGGCAGUGGGAAGACGGUCCUCUUGGCCAACAUCUUCGCCACUACCUCGUCACAGGAUGCCACCACCAGUUCUCCCACGGAGGGAAAGCCGGUUACAGCUUGCUUCUUCUGCAAUUUCGGGAACGCCAAGUCACUCGAAUCGCGGCAUAUAGUCGGCAGUCUCGCGUAUCAGUUCGUCAAGCUGCUCGUCGUCGAACCCAGUGUUGCCGAGAUCCUCGCAGCGAAAACACCGGGUGAUAUUUCCGAUCUUGACAUGGAUGGGUUGGUUGACUUUGUCGUUUCUAUUUUACCCCGAGACCGCAGUUACUGCGUUGUGCUUGACGCUCUCGAUGAGUGCUCGGCGCAGGAUGUGGAAGAAGUCGUGGUCGCCAUAUCGAAAUUGCUACGGUCUUGCCGGUUGCACCUCUGCUUUUCCACCCGGACCGAGUCGAUAACCAGCGGCAUCGUCAGUGCCCAUUUUGAAGUUCAGCACAAGAUCUCAAUGACUAGCGCGGGUCGAUACGAGGAACUCGAGACUUAUAUCGAUCAUGAGAUUGAUCGAAGGCAGGCCCUGCGGCCUCUCAAUCCCGCUCUUUCGAAAGCGAUCAAGCAGUUUCUGUUCUCCAAUGCUAACGGCAUGUACCUCUGGGUUAUCCUCCAGAUCGAAGCUCUGUUCCCGCGUUACGGGGGGCAACGCAUUCUCUGCGACGCCGACGUCCGUGAUAUGCUUGAAGAUCUCCCAGCCGACCUUCCCCAAGCGUUCGAUCGGGCCCUCUGCGGGAUUGUGGAUAACCGGUACGGGAGUCGCGUCUUCGAGAUUGUCGGAUCCGCUCGAAGGCCACUGACUCUCGACGAGUUCCGUGUUGCCUUGAACGUGGAGCCAGGAAACGUCAAAUGGGACGAAUCGACGUUCCCCUAUGAUGCCCAUAGCCUCGUUUACCUCUCUGGUGGAGGCCUGCUUGAGGUGGAUGAAGAGGACUUGACUGUGAACUACAUACACUCAAGUGCGCUGAAAUAUCUGUCAACUCCCCCAGAGGCUAAAACAACUCGUGGAACCGGCGUCUUUCGUUUCUCACCGACUACUGCGGAGAUGAAGAUGGGCUACAUCUGUGUCACAUAUCUCAGUUACGACGCAUUUGAGACUCAGCUGACCAGAGGCGGUGACGCCGUCGUGGGCAUGGAUCAUGUGUCGGCAAGCGUAUCAUCUGUGGUUGAACAGGAAGCCAUCAGGGGUGAUCCGAUUCUCGGCGCCGUCGUCAACGUAGCCAAGUGGCUCCGCCCAGCGGGACACGAAUACCGCGAUAUCGACAUCGUCCAGCUGAUCCAGCAAUGUAGCAGCACUAGGAAGACCAAAUCAGACCCAGACGUGCGAGCGUUCCUCGCCUAUGCCCGCGAGAACUGGCUUUCCCAUAGCAAAGAAUUUCUCGUGGAGGAGGAGCUGCCGCGAUUUCAAUCAAUGCUAAAGAGGCUCCUCAACAAAGCCCAAUCUUCCCUGGAAUUGCCAUGGAAACCCGGCGACCACGCUGAUGCUCUGUCAUGGGCCAUUCGUGAACGGCAUUUGGAGAUCUUCCGCUGUCUCAUUGCAUUUCAGCCAAUACAGCCCUCGAUGAUUUCAUCGGUUGCCAGGUUUAUUGCAGGCUGGCCGCAAUCUGUCAAAAUAGCUGGGGAACUGCUUGGAGACAUUGUUGCGCAGACGAUGCUAUGUCUCGCAGAGGUCGCGCACGAAGAACGCCUAGGUAUCGUGGAAAAGAUGAUAUCCCAUGGUGCAGAUCCGAGGAUUCCAUGCGUCGACACAUCAAGUGGCCAGUGCGGCAGAACACCGCUGGACAUGUGUUUUCGCUUACCCGACCUUGGUCGCUACGACCGACUCGAAUGGAUCAAAGUUCUACUUCGAGCUGGUGCCGAUCCAGACUGCUCACUAAACUCGUCGGGACCGGGGAGCGCCAUCUUGCAUGCUCUGGUAACCGGAAACCUGUCCGGCCUCAAACUGCUGUUGGAGCAUGGCGCAAACGCCAACAUAUCAUGGAAUAGAGAUUUGUUGCGUCUGAAUUUGCCUACCUACGCUCUCGCCGAUCUCGACGUAUUGCGGCCAAUGACCAUGUCUCCCUUGGCACUUAUUGUUGUAACGUGGGAAGAUUAUAUGUCCUGGGGUCGUCCACUACAGUCGGCAGCAGUCGACGGAUAUGACUCAGGAGAUGAUCUGGACUUUGCCAAGGUUCUUCUAGAAGCUGGCGCAGACCCGAACUGGGCAUACGUCAAUGAUCGGUCACCGGUACAAUACCUUGCAACCUGCCAUCGGGCGGUCGAAAUACUGCAGUUACUGAUCGAAUCCGGAGCGAGAUUGGCGAGCGAGAGUGCAGAGACAAGUCCAUUGGUCCUGGCUUUAGGAGCAGGGUUGGUAGAAAAUGCCACUGCAAUGCUUCAGCUGUCCUCAGAGGGUAACCAAAUCCCAAGACGAGACCUGACCGAGGCAUUGUUUUUGUUUAUGGAGCUGUGUCCCAGCUUGCGUUCCCCGGGACCGAAUAUGGAAUGUUUGGAGAAGCUCCUGGAGCUAGGAGCGGACGUCAACGCAACGAUAGCAGCCAAAGACUUGCUAGAUAACUCCCAUCGGUAUCGAGAUCCGCCGUUGAUCAUCGCCUGCAGGGAAAUCGACGAAACCUCUGAUCCUCCGCCUCUCUGGAUCCUCCGAACACUCCUGCGCUUUGGUGCAGAUCCGAAUGUUACCGACAGAUCGGGGCGACUAGCAGAUCAAUAUUGUCUUGCGGGCGGUGAUAAGGAGGCUAUACUGCAGCACUAUCGCAAGAGCCCCUUGGAGAGACACAAAGAAGCCGAAGCCGCGGUAGGGGCCCUCGAUAUCGAAGCCUUUGAUCGAAUUCUAAAAUUCGGCUCUCUCCAUUGCAAGGACCAGCAAGAACCUGUCACGAGAUUAUUCAAAAUCGCCUGUGCGGCCCCUGAAACAAGCAACUCCAGGACCAAAGACCCACGCCAGGUGGCGAAGCAGUUAUAUAUAGUCUACUCGCUAUUGCGAGAAGGGUUCGAGUUUGGAGCCGUAUUCACUCAAAUCUCUCGACUCAUCGAUAGUGCUCAAGAGCAUGACUACCUUGUAGCUUUUCUCAACUUUGGCUUGAGAGUUCCACGCAACGCCUGGUCUCGGACGAUCCCUGGCACGUGGAGACCGCGCUCUAUCGCCAUCCGUCGCGGGAUGGAUACCCUCUUUGCCAGGCUUAGACACGCAGGCGGUUUCGACUUCAUCCCUCUUCCGAUUGACGACACACCAACGUCGCCAAUCUCCGGAGUUGGCCUUGCUGAUCCUGCGAAUACCGCCGUCGACAAGGGAGACACGGAGGAGGACGACGACGAGAUAAUUGACCCUAGGCUUAGCAAGAUGAGGCUUCCGGUUCUCGGCCGGGAGUUCUGGAUGGCUGACGAGACCUGCAAAGAAUGUUUUAUUUGCGGGGCGCCAUUCACUGUCUUCCGUCGGAGACACCACUGUCGGUGCUGCGGUGCGAUCUUGGAUUCCCAAUGCACCGCGAUGAUUGACGGGCAGGCAUCGGGGGUGCCGGGCCGUUUUCGAGUUUGCAAGCCUUGUCUGGGUAUCCUAAACGCGAUGGCUUAAGAAUUGAAAAGAAUGUGGUCUGACUUUUGGACGGCAUGCUUGGGGGGGGUUGUUAAUCUGCAAGCUCGAUUCAUUAUCAUCUACCGCCAGUCCUCUCUAAUCACACCACACCACCUUGUAUCCCAACUCUAGCCGUGUAGUGUCGUGGUAUCUGUCGGGGCUUUGCGAAAUAAGAGCCAGGGUGGGGCGGUAUGAUGCUACUUAUACGCAUGUACGCUAAUUGCGACGCAUCGGUGGUCUAAUAAUGCGG